AUGAUAACUCUACUAUCAACCAUUUUUUCCAUCCUAGUUAUAAUACAAUUUGUUCUGGGAAAUUUUGCCAAUGGCUUUUUAGAUCUGGUGAGCUGCGUUGACUGGGUUAAGAGACAAAAGAUCUCCUCAACUGAUGUGAUUGUCAGUGCUAUGGCAGUCUCCAGAAUUGUUUUGCUCUGUGUAAUGUUAAUACAUUGGUAUUAUAUUUUGCUUCAUCCAGCUUUAUAUGGUUUUAAAAUAAGAACUAUUGUUCAUGUUGCCUGGACAAUAAGCAAUCAUUAUAGCACCUGGCUUGCUACUAGCCUCAGUAUAUUUUAUUUGUUGAAGAUAGCCAAUUUCUCCAGCCUAACUUUUCUUCACCUGAAGUUGAGAGUUAGAAGUGUAGUCCUCAUGAUGCUUCUGGGAACUUCAUUCAUUUUGGUUUUACAAGUUGUAGUUAUAAGUGUAAGUGGGACUAUGCAGAGAAGUGAAUUUGAAAGAAACACACAGAAGACCAAACUGAGGGAUAUUUUAUGGCUUUCACAUGUGACCCCACUUAUUCUAGGAAACCUCAAACCCUUUACUAUGUCCUUAAUAUCUUUUAUGCUACCAAUCUCUUCUCUGAAACAUCUCAGGAAGAUGCAGCUCAAUGGCAAAGGAUUCCAAGUUCCCAGGACCAAGAUCCAUACAAAAGCCAUGCAAACUGUCAUCUCCUUUCUCUUGCUAUUUGCCUUUUACUUUCUGGUUCUAAUCAUAUCAAUCUGGAGUCCUAAAAAGUUGCAUGAGGAACCGUUUCUCUUGCUUUUCCCAACAGUUGAAGUCAUCUAUCCUUCAGUCCACUCAUUUUUCCUGAUUUGGGGAAACAGAAAGUUAACACAGGCCUUUCUGUUGUUUCUGAGGCAGCUGGGGUGCUGGCUGAAAGACAGGAAAUAG